UAACAUCAACAUCAACAAGUAACGGGACGGGAAACAUGAACGCCUCUCCAUAUUCAACAGGUUGAUAAUCAGAGGAACAUAAAGGUGGAGGUGUGGCAGAAUGAAAUGCCCGGGGUGUCCAGCAGCUGUGUUCACUGCCAGACAUGCGAGGCAUCACCACCCACUUGCAGCCCGCCAGCACCCUGUGCAUUAUUUCCUAAGAUGAGUGGCCUAAGGGCAGUGUUGGCUGGGGUGUGGGAGGAGCUGUGGGUGGAUAUUGGUGAUGGAGUGUGGCUGCUGCUCAACACUCUGGGCCUUGGUCACUUGGUGCUUCACCUUCAGCAGGAGCUGGCUGCCACUUCACCCCACAGGAGGAAAUCCAUUGUCCGUGUUGUAGGCUCAGUUCUUCCCCUCAAACCUGUUCAGCGGCCCUAUUUGAGAUAUGUGGCACUCAGAAGCUUGAGUACCUCCUGUGACUCUCUCUGCUCAGCACAGAUCCAGGACCCCAUUAAUCCCAAGUGGUUGGCAGAUACUGAAAGGGUUAGCAGAUUCAAGCCUAUUUUAUCAAGAUGUGAAACAGUUCCUGAUCUAUUUACACUUCCCAAUGGCGAAGAAACUCCACGAUCCUCCACACCCUUCAGCAUUGCCUCAGAUAUUGGCCCUCAACAUCACCCUAAAGAGCCUGGUACUCUGGGUAAUAGCUUUUACCAGGCUGGACUGCAACACUCUACUAUCCAUGCUGCCUCACCCUUCACUGACCCCUCUGCUAUGGCUAAAAUAUCUGCCUUGGAGGAAGAACUUUUGCUACUGCGAAAACAGAUUGCAGGUUUGAUGAAUCAAACACACCGUCCUGCUACACCCCCACCUAGUCCAGUCCCUUCCAUGGCACCUCCUCCACCUCCACCUCCACCACCCUUAGCACCCUCCAGGUGUCCUCAUCCUCCACCUCCUCCACCUCCUCCCCUACCUGUACUACCAUUGUCAAAUGGUCAAGACUCCAGGAAAUCCUCAUUCUCUGACCUAAUUGCUCAAAAGAAAGGUGAUAUCAAUAAGCAUGUUGCACCCUUGGAUGUCCCAGUUAGUAAAACCACGAGCAGUUCCAUGGGAGUGUCCAUGAUUGAUGUACUCAAGGGCCUCAAUCAAGUCAAGCUAAAAAAAGUGUCAAGAUCUCCUGGAGGCACACCAGUUCGAUCAAGGGCAAGGUCUCCUACUCCAGGGGACACUGCUGCCAUUAUUGCUGCAGCCUUAAAGAAACGCUUUGCCAAGAUGCAUGAAGACUCCCCUGAGAAGGAAGUCUGCGAAGAUAACAAUGAGUUCAACUCCUCACCAGAGACAACACCAAAGACCAGCCGAAAGAAGCAGGUGGUGGAUGUCCCAAAGCGAAAACUGCUUCAGGAAGAAGAAGUUCCAGCUCAGAAUUUCUUGAAAAUGUUGAAAAAAUCUCCUCGAGUAAGCAGACCUGAUCCAGUGAAGGAAGAAAAACCUGCAUCUCCCAUUAUUCAUCCUUGGGAAGGGGAAGAAGUUACAUGGGGCCUGUACAUCCAAGUCUCAGCAUGAAGUUUGGACAGCACCUCCUCAAGAAGCGUGUGCCACGCCCUCCUGAGUCACGGGAUAGUGUGAGCCCCAGCAGUGAGGCUUCAGACCUUUCUCGCUGAGGGGUAACCCAUAUCUUACCACCUGGAGAAUGCAUUUAUAGUUUAUAGAAGCAUGUAAGAACACCUUUUAUUUGAAAGAAUGUGGUAAGUGUACUUUUUUGCUUUUCUCUUAGGAAUGUAUAUAUAUAUAUAUAUAUAUAUAUAACUAACAGUCCAAAGAAGCAUUUAAUUUUAGUAAAGAAGCCUUUUUUAUAAGAAAAUCAGUAGAGUUGAGGAAAGCGGCAUAGCUUUAUCUGUCUAAAGAUUCAAUAAAAGAUACAGAUAAAGUUAGUGCACUUUGGAAGUACAGCCUUACAGUGUUUUAUUCUGGUGGACUAACCAACUUUUAAUAGUGCCAACUUGUACCUGCCUAAGACUCCUUGGCAUAUUCUGAGUUUGUCAAUCUGUGAAUUAUUACUGUAUAUUAACUUUCAUGUCUGAGAUCCUUGGGAUCACAUUUAAUAUCAUGUAUUUCACUAGUAAUUUUCUCAAUAUAAAACUCAAAUUAUGUAGUAUACAGUGGAACCUUGGUUCUCAAACUUAAUUAGUUCCUGAAUACCAGUCAGAAUCCGAGCUGUUCGAAAACUGAAACUAUUCCCCAUGGAAAUCAAUAUAAAAUGGAUUGAUCCAUUCCCAGACACUAGUCUACACUGUCUUAGCAGCUUAUGACAGACCCUCCCACAGCCAAGAUGGCUGCUUCAGAACAUCUCCAGCUCACAAAAAUUAUUUAUCCAGAAAGGAUGUAAUGAAUGAACUUAGUGACAGAACUCAUCAGAAGAUAUGGUUUAGACUGAUUUAGUGAGGGAAGCCUCAUUAAAUCACAGAGAGGAGCAACCCACUUACUGCCAAAAUUAAGGUGAUCAUAACACUCAGACAUCUUGCUGCUGGGAAAAGCUACUGAAGAAAUACAGUUGUGCAGUAAUGAUGGCAUUGUGGGUCAUCGAGAGAGCCACAGGUGGCUCAGGAUUACUUUCUGAAAAUGUUGAAAACUGUUUGUUUACAUCGAGGCUUUUCAACAGGAUCACAUUUACCUUAUUUCAAAGAUUGAAUUAUUGUCCUAACACUGUGUCUCUCCCCCAAAUAUAUAAAAACAAAGUAGAUAUUUAUAGAAACUAUAAAUUAGUAAUAAAUGGCAGCUUUUGAUUUGUUUUAAUAUUUGAAAUCAAGUAACUUUAUACUAGAACCAAUUAUUGUACCGCAACCUAAGCAAUAAUGAGUUCAGAAUUUAAAAAAAAAAAAGAUUGUUUGAAAAGGGAAGCAUUCAGUAACUGAGGUUCCACUGUAUUAACAUAAAACCCAUAUCAUUUAGUAGAAAUGGUUACAGUAAUUUCAUAAACCACAAGUAAGAGAAGAACUUGAGAUGCCUUAACACAGAUCUUGAUAGGAUGAGAGCAUGCAGUUAGCAGCACUAGAAUGUUCAGUAUGGUGUGCAUUACUUGGAGUGGAAGUGACUGUUUUUUUUGAGAGAGAGAGAGAGAGAGAGAGAGAGAGAGAGAGAGAGAGAGAGAGAGAGAGAGAGAGAGAGAGAGAGAGAGAGAGAUGGGUGCUAAUGUUCAUACAAAACAGAAUGUUAGCCUUGGUUCACAAAACACAAAAUUAUAAUAACUACCAGUUUUAGAGUUAAGAAAUGGACCUAUAUCUAUUGGGUAUUUAUAAUAACUUGUUUGGUACAAGUUGAAUCUUGUAUUGUUAAUUUUUAGGUGCUAAAUAGGCUCUUUGCUAUACAUCUUGAAUACCUAAACAUAACCUAGUCCAAACUUAAAGAUGAAGCUGUUACGUAUGUGAGUUGCUUUUGCUUUAUUUUUUUUCACAAGAAUAAUAUGCAAUUCAUUGUGAUGAUAAUAUAAAACUGUAUUGCACAAAGGUAUGUAUUUUCAAACUAACUAUUGCAUUGACUACAAACUUGAUAUUUCUUUCAUUCCAUGUCAAGUAAUAUUGUGCAGAUGCCUUCUCAUAUUAUCUAAAUGUUAGGUAAAAUAUUUUCUGGCUGUAUGUGAAUGUAGUCUUAUGGUAAAUAGGUAUGUAUUGUCUUAUAGGUUUACUUUUAUGAUUUUAUUUUCCAUGAUUAGAACCCAAGUAAUUUCCUUGUCAUUGGUGGAAUUUUUUUUUUUUUUUUUUUUUUUUUUUCAGAGAAUACCAUUAUGCUUCAACUGUUCAUGUCAAAAUGAUAUUGCCUUUAUAAUACUUGAGGAUGAUUCAGUGCGGUAGCAAACCAAGUAACUACUGAUCUUAAGAAUUUUAUGUAUUUAUUUAUGUUUUUAUUACUUCUCCCAUUAUGAUGAAAACUUCUUUCAUUAAGUUUUUAUAGAAAUAAUAUGUCUAGUCUGUAGGAUAUUUAGAUUGUGCUGCUUUUCAACAGUAUAUUACUCUUCAUUGGUAAUUUUUGUUUAUUCAUUUAUUUAUUUAUUUAUUUUUUUUUUUUAUUCUUAAACAACACCUGUUUGAAGAAAUAUUUUAGGAUGACAUUCUGAAUACAUUAUUUACAUGCAAAUUAUGCACCUUCAACAAACACACACACACACACACACACACACACACACACACACACACACACACACACACACACACACACACACACAUGCUUCUUGUAACUCUGCAUGUCUCAGCAAUUCUUCCAUUUUUGGGUUUUUAGGUUUUCAGUUUUUGUACAUUAUACAAAUUCACAGAUUUUUUUGUUUUUUGAGUAACAAGAUCAAACAUAUAAAUGUAUUAAGAACCUUCUACAUAUGUGUUAGUAAUUUUUUUCUGUCUACUGCAUCAUUCAGUUAAUUAACUAUGUAACAAUGUAAGAAGUUCUAGAAUCUUUCUUUCCCCAAAUAUAGUGUCAGCAGACACUAAAUGA